AUGACUUAUACCCGUGAACUAAAGAAAAAGAUGAAACCUGCUAAUGUUAAAUUGCCAUCAACCGCAGUCGGGAAUGGCAAACUGCCAGCAAUAAUUGGUAUCCUUUUUCUGCUAUCUGUCGAUAUGUUGAAGACUAUCUCCAGAAAUAAAGACUGGCAGUCUGAUUACAACCUCUACAGUUCGGCGUUAACUAUCAACCAUAGGAACGCUAAGCUGCAUAAUAAUAUGGGUCAAGUACUGGAGAACUUGAACAGACAAGAAGAAGCUCUUCAGCAUUAUAAGACAGCAACAGAGAUAGAACCAGAUGAUGUCAGAGGGUAUUUGAAUGUUGGCCGAGUACUUGUAAAGCUCAACCGUUUUAAAGAAGCAGAAGACAUCUACAUAAAGGCAAAGAAAUUAUUUCCUCGAUCUGUAGUGGCAACUGUGACGCCUAACCAUCUUCAGCUGUUCCUCAAUCUUGCCUUUCUUAUAUCCCAAAAUGUUAGUCGUCUGGAAGAAGCAGAUGCG